UCUCCUUCUUUCUCGUACUCUUAUCUAUCUCUGUCUUAUCAGAGUUUCUUCGCUGGGACGGACGACCUUGACGACGGCACCGACGCUCUUUGGACUCACCGGAUCAUAUCAUCUUCUCCACUGGAAGAUUUCUGGUUUUGAAUCUUUAUUUAAUCGGGCUCUCAUUUUUAUAUAAUCUUGUGCUCAUAUGGCUUCCGCAUCUGCUAGUCUUUGCAAUCCCUCAGCUUCCACCGACUCCAUGCCUUUGGAUACCUGAAUAGUUGAACUUAUCGAUUCCACUGCUUCUUCUGAUGUUCGAUUAUGGAGGCAUUUAUGGCGGAUUAGUAUUUGUGUAUGCCAGGUUUCAAGAUUUUCUUUUAGCUCCUAGGGUUCUUCAACUUUCUUGAAAUUUCCUUAUUGCUAUUUGGAUUGGAAAGGGGAAUUAGGGUUCAGGUUUUCGGUUGGGGAUUUCUGGAGGUGAAGAUCGAGGAUUGUCCGUGGUUUUGGGGUUAGUUGUGUUGGAUUCUCGACGUGGAGCUUAGGCGGUGUGGGUUUUGGGGAUAAUGUGUAUACUAUGCGUGAUUCAGAAGUGGUCUCGCCGGGUUGCUACGAUGCUUCCUUGGUUAGUUAUUCCGCUGAUAGGACUGUGGGCGCUCUCUCAGCUUUUGCCGCCUGCAUUUAGAUUUGAGAUUACAUCACCCAGGCUUGCUUGUGUUUUUGUGCUUUUGGUUACCCUAUUUUGGUAUGAGAUUUUAAUGCCUCAACUGUCAGCGUGGCGUGUGCGUAGAAACGCACGGCUUAGGGAGCGAAAGAGAUUUGAAGCAAUUGAGUUGCAGAAGCUAAAGAAAACGGCGACUAAGCGAUGUCGAAACUGCUUGACUCCAUACAAGGAUCAAAAUCCUGCUGGUGGUCGGUUCAUGUGCUCCUGCUGUGGUCAUAUUUCUAAAAGACCAGUUCUAGACUUGCCUAUACCACCAGGGUUCUCGAAUUCUGGGAUUAUUAAGGAACUUGUUGGAAAGAGUGGGAAAUUGUUGAACCAGAGGGUAUGGCCAGAUAAUGGGUGGAUGUCUGGUCAAGAUUGGUUGGAGAGUGGCAGUUGGGUUGGGAAGUCUGUUGCAGGCAAUUCUGGUUAUUGGAGGAGGAAUGGGGGCGGUCUUUGCGGAGGAGAUGAACAUUGUUUGGCAGAAAAGUCUUAUUCAGGUAUUGUGAUUUUCUGCUGUAGGCUUUUUAUGUCUUUUUUCUUGAGCAUUAGAUGGCUUUCGAGAAAAAUGUUUAGGAUAAGUUCAUCAGGAGACGACAAUUUAUCUGAUUCUGAGCAUAGGGGGCUAUUGGCUAAGAUGGGUGAGAACGGGGGUAGCUUCCCGGAGAGUCGAGUUGAAAAAGCCCGCAGAAAAGCUGAAGAGAAAAGACAGGCUAGAUUAGAGAGAGAAUUAUUAGAGGAGGAAGAGAGGAAACAGAGGGAGGAGGUUGCUAGAUUGGUGGAGGAACGGAGGAAGUUGAGGGACGAGAUAAAGGGUGUUGAAAAGGAUCGUGAUAGAACAUCACAACUUUACCGAGAGAAGGAUGGGAAAAAGGAGGCUGAAAAGAAACGGCAGGAGAGGAGAAAAGAGAAGGACAAGAAUUCAAGUAAAAGUAAUUCGGAUGUAGAAGAGUUGGAGAAGAAAAUUGGUAAAGAAAGCGAAUGGAAGCGAGAUUUGAAUAAAAAGAGUGAUAUUGAUCGUCGUGAGAAUCAGAAACUGGGGCCAGAGAGUGCUAAAGGCCACGGCAUAAUGUGUCAUAGUGUAAAGAAUGUAUCUGGAAAUAAUUUUGGUCGAGGAUAUACUGGUUCUAGGUAUCUUGAUCGUAUGCGGGGUACCUUUUUGUCUUCUUCUAAAGCAUUUGGUGGUGGUAGUUUGUUUGGAAAGGUUUAUAAUGCCCCGGCUUCUGUUGCUAAAGACAAGCCUAACGGUUCUGUCGACCAUGUAAAUACGCCUGUGUCUACAAGAGAUACGCCAUCUGAGCGUGCGAUUGGGAAAUCUGCUUUGAAUGGAGAUGAUAAGAACAUCAACCAUCCAGUAUUCACCGAAUCACGAGCAGCUGUAGCACCUAAAAAAUCUUGGCAACAGUUAUUUACCCGUUCGCCAUCUGUUCCUUCAGCCACUAGUGCCAAUGUUAUAAGUAGGCCAGUAGUGAAGGCCUCGCCAGACAUUAGCAAUCCACAACUUUCGGGUCAAGUUAUAGGCCCACAGUUAUCUGGGCAAGUUUCUGGAUCGAAGUUAUCUGGGCAAUCAUCGUCGACACAAUCAUAUGAUAAUCCUAUUAAUUUUGGUCUGCCUUCACCGUUUACCGUUCCUACAUAUCCUAAGGGUCCUAUAAGUAGUAGUUUAGGUUUUUCACCUGUAAUUGAACCUCAAUUUCCUCAUGUUGCUGAAGGGUCCCAUGAAUGCAUGCCUGAAGAACCAGAGCUUUUUGAAGAUCCUUGUUACAUACCUGAUGUAGUAUCCUUGUUGGGUCCAGUAUCCGAGUCGCUUGAUGAUUUUCGGAUGGAUGUAGGAACUGGCUUUGUAUCAGAAAUCGGAAUGGAAAGACCACGGACUCUAAAGACCGCUUCUUCUGAAAUUAACAAGCCAUCUCCAAUUGAGUCGCCUUUAUCACGGGAAAAGCAUAAUUGUUCUAAUCAUUUCCCGAGUGCCCCCGUAGCCUUUGAUCUGAUCAGUCCUUGCAAGGAUGCUAUGAAUGGAAAUGAUAAGGGAACAUGGCAGAUGUGGAAUAGUUCACCCUUUGGUCAGGAUGGUUUAGGCUUAGUAGGUGGCUCAGCUAGCUGGAUUCUUCCUGCUGAAUCUAAUAGACUAAAUAAGGAAGAAUUUUUCCAGCCCCCUCAGAAAACUGUGCCACCAGCAUUCAUAAAAGAAGAUCAUGUUUUGCCUGGCACACUUUCUUCUCAGAAUGUGUUUCUUGAUAAUGGCCAAAGUGUUGGGACGUUUAACCCGGUUAUGGGCUGUGAUCACGAUCCGUGGUUAAAGAAGCCUUUCUAUCUGCCCUUGUCUAGAAGUGAAAACAACUUCCCUGUUAUGCCUCAGGAUGAAUCUGUUCCAAAUGAAAUGAUAUAUGGUAGCCCCAGCAGCAGAUCCUCCACUGCUCAUCCAUUCGAGCUGCCUGCAACUAGCUGUUGGGCAAAUGAAUGGGAAGCACAAGGCGCAGCAGGGAUUGGUGCUGUAAAGCCAUCGGUUGUGAAGCCGCCGCCUGUUGGGGGUCUAUUUCCGGCACCAGAUGUACAGUCACUGUGGUCUUUUGAUAUGAAAACGGACACUAACACUAUNAAUUAAAAAAAAAAA